CAACGACAGUCUUUUGUUGUUGGGAUAGGGCAUCGAUAUAGAUGAUUUAUUAAACUAUUAUUGAAUGGGUAGAAAGUUAAAAAAAUCUUCUGGGACUCGUUGACUACUUAAGUAGGAUUGACUCAAUAUAUGACAUGUUCCAGAUAUGGUUUCUUUGAAGUUGAACAAAAUUGACACUGUUUCACCUUUAAGAACAGGAUUAGCGCUAUCACCAAGAAAGAAACCACUUCGUUCCAAGUCAACUGGAUCGUUGGGUUCGCAUGCGAGUACCUGGGAUGCGAAAGGUAGACAAUCCUGGAUUCAUGAGAAUUUCUUCCAAAGAGAUUGCUUUAAGUUUGUAGCCAAUCCAAAAAAGACCUCUGGUGAUGUAUGUCGCUGCGGCCGAACCCUUGCUAACCAUAAAGCUGCCAUUACCAACCACAAUGCCGUUGACUGGACACCCGAAACAUGUACGAAAAAAGCUCCUACGAAUGCAUUUGGAGAAAUUCAAUUUGUUGGCUCUGUGAACCAAUCUGCAAGAGCACCUUAUGUUCGUCUUGCUGAGGAUACAAACGUGGAAUUAGUCAUGAGAUUGAUUUUAAAAGUUUGGAAACUAGAAGUUCCAAAUCUUGUCAUCUCCGUGACUGGAGGAGCUAAAAGUUUCCACUUGAAACCACGUCUAAAGGAAGUGUUCCAACGAGGCCUAAUCAAAGCAGCCAAAUCAACCGGUGCUUGGAUAAUCACUGGUGGUACGCACACUGGUGUUAUGAAGCAUGUCGGUGAAGCUGUGCGUCAGAUUAAAGUUGUUGGUGGAGCCUCGAGUGAUAUUAACGUGAUUGGUGUUGCUACAUGGGGAAUUGUGGAUAGAGAUUCUGAUUUAACAUCUGAGAGUGGUUUAGGUAAGCAUCCUGCUAGAUAUCGUACCACUCCUGAGGAAACCAGUAAAGCUCCUUUAGAUAGUUCGCAUACACAUUUUCUAUUGGUUGACAAUGGAACUGUGGGACAGUAUGGUGUUGAAAUUGACUUACGAUCAAAAGUAGAAGAAGCAAUAGCAAAAAUGCAUACUGAAUCACGAUCUUCUACGGGUUCUAUCGAGGUACCAGUUGUAAUGUUGGUAUUGGAAGGUGGUCCAGGAACAGUCAAAACUAUGACUGAAGCAAUUAAGAAAAAGAUUCCUGCCGUUGUUAUAGAUGGUAGUGGUCGAGCUGCUGAUGUUGUCGCGUUUGCCUAUAAACACACAAUAGCAAGCACUAAAAACGGCAAAAAUAUUCAAGUGAUUGACCCAGCUUAUAAAGAAUUAGUUGAAGCAAAAGUUGUUGAAAUUUUUGGAGAGAAAAGUUUGGAUCAUGUUUACAGUAUGAUAGAAGAUGUUGUGGAGGAUGAGAAAAUGGUGACUAUCUAUCGCUUGGAUGAAGGUGGAAACACGUCACGUGACAUUGAUUUAGCAAUAUUGAAAGCUCUUUUGAAAGCGAGUCGUUCCAGUCCAUUGACUCAAUUAAAUCUCGCGUUGGCCUGGAAUCGAGUUGACGUUGCUGAAAGCGACAUCUUCACAGAGAACACUAGUUUCAAAUCUGAAGAUUUGCACAAUCCCAUGUUGACUGCGUUAGUCGACGACAAGGCAGAUUUUGUUCGACUGUUUUUGGAAAACGGAUUAAGUAUGAGAGAAUUUCUGACGGUGGAUCGUCUUUCCACUCUAUAUAGAUCAGUUUCAAGUAAUGGUGUCUUUGGUUCUUUAAUAAGGCAUGAAAUGAAAAAGCGCGUAACAAAAUUCAUCACACCACAAUUGAUUGGUUAUGUGAUAGAAGACCUGAUGGGCGACAGUUAUCAUAGUUACUACCUCAGUAACGUUCGAUAUUUCUCGGAACCACAGCGAAAUACAUCGCAAUUUAUCAGAAUUCGAACAGCUACCGCUGGAUCUUUUGUUGAUGUUCAUAAUAACCCAGAGGGUGGACAUCCCUUACCAUUUCCAUUUCUUGAUACAUUUACUUGGGCGAUAUUAUCAGGCAAGAAAGAUCUUGCGAAACUUCUGUGGGAGAAAGGGACGCAGCCGAUUGCCACAGCAUUGUUUGCAACUAAACUUCUUAAAGAAAUGGUGAGAUACUCUCAGGAAGACUCCCAUCAAAUCAUCGAUGAAACAGAGGGCUUGCUAGACUUGGCAGAUGAGUUUGAGAGUCUUGCAGUUAGUAUGCUUGACACGUGCUACUUGAAUGACGAAGAUCUUGCCCAGUCGCUGUUGGUCCGUGCACUAGAACCAUUUGGUUGGCUGACGUGUAUGGAUAUCGGCCAACUGGCUGAGGAUCAAGAGUUUAUUGCUCACUCCAGUUGUCAGAUCUUGUUUAAUAGACUCUGGAUGGGAGGGAUAGUGUUGGAUACACCAUGGUGGAAAGUUCUUCUCUGUGUGUUCUUUCCGUUCCUGAUCUACCCAAUGAUAUACUUCAUGGUUGAUGAAUAUGAGGAUUCCGACGAAAGCUUUCAAAAUCAGGAAGAUUUAAACAUGAACACAGAGAAAGAUCGUAGUGAAGUUGCAAAAAACAAGGACGCAGUAAACAGCCAUAAACAUUAUAAUAAUUCAAUAGAAUUGGUAGAACUGCAAGAGGAAAAAGAAGAGGAGAAAAAUAAUCCUAAAGUCACUCAAUCUCGUCACAAUCUGCUUUCUGAAGGAGAAGAUGAUGCAGUCGACAACGUACUUCGAGUUUCUGACGUCAAUUGUUUUCAACGUAUUUUGAGAUUCUAUGAAGCACCUUUCACCAAAUUUGUUACAAAUGUUUGUUCGUACGUUGCAUUCUUGGGAAUGUUUUUCUACGUGAUUUUGAUGGAUUUUCAAAAAUAUAACGUUUCAAUUGUGGAAUAUGUAUUAAUGGGAUGGGUGGGUGUGUUAAUUUUGGAAGAAGUCAGACAGAUGCUUUCACAACAUCCGAAGCACUUCUAUGAGAAGAUAAAUUUAUACAUGGCAGAUGCGUGGAAUUUUGUGGAUAUUUUGUCAUUAUUGGCGUUUGCAGUCGCCUCAGUUCUCCGAUUCUUUCCUGACGACUUUGAUGGUGACUUGUUUGAAGCUGCCAGGAUUAUCUACAUCAUUGACAUCAUACUAUUUAUUGUUCGAUCUUUUCAAAUGUUUUCUGUGAGCAGACAGUUGGGUCCAAAGCUUGUUAUGAUAAAAACAAUGUUGGAGGAUCUGAAGCAAUUCGUAAUUAUCUUGGCCGUAUUUAUAAUCAGUUACGGCGUGGCUCUGCAAGCGGCGCUUUAUCCUAACACAACGAAUUUCUGGGAUGUUCUAAAAGGAAUUAUUGAAAAACCUUAUUUUCAAAUGUAUGGAGAACUUUUCUAUGAAGACUUUGCAGAGGAUCCAACUAUUCAUGGUGAUGGUAAAUGGCUUGGACCAACUUUACUUGGAAUAUACAUGUUGCUGACCAAUGUUCUUCUUCUUAAUCUGCUCAUUGCUAUAUUUAACUACACAUUCGAGAAGAUCCAGGAGAGCUCAGAUCGAGUUUGGAAGUUCAAACGUUAUGGUUUGAUUCGUGAAUUUCACGAUAGACCAACAUUAGUUCCACCUUUAAUGAUCUUGUCUCAUAUUUAUAUAUUUAUUAAAUGGAUGGUGCAAAUGUGUGGUUGUGGAACUAAACCUGUGUAUGGAAGUGCAUUAAAGUUGACAUUAAGUGAACAUGAGAAUGAUCAGUUAACGAGUUGGGAAAAUCACAGCAGAGAUCUGGGCUUAUUGAGGACCAAAGCAGAAGAGGAGGAACAGAUGGAAAAGAAAGUCAAGAAUAUUGACGCAAAGGUCGAUGAAUUAAGUAACCAAAUAGAAAGAAUGAUGGAAGCAUCACUUGAUCCUGGCGGCAGAGGAGAAAAUGGGUCGGGUAAAAGUGAUAAACCCAGACGUGGCAUAAAGUCCGCUCAUUACUCCAGAAACUUUGAAACGUCAAUUUCAUCUCGUGUUGAAUGUCUUGAAGAACGGUUGAUUCAAACGUCGAAUUCAAUAGAAAAGAUUCUUGAAAUAGUGUCAUCAUCUGCAUAUGGAGCGAAUAGAGCUGAAGGAAGAUCUAAAUAUAUGGAUGGCAGAAAAUCAAUUCAUGUAAAAUCGAGGAAAUCGCCAUACCCGCAGAGCACGAUCAUGAGGAUUCCGUUAACUGAUGAGUUGGUAGCCUGGGAGGCUCCGUUUUCUAACUAUAAUCCUCCAACAUACACAUCUGAUUGGGUUAAAAGAAACCCUCCGUGGGCUGAUAUUGACAUCAUGUCUAAGCACCCGCGUCCAAUGUUAAAAUUCAACGAAUUUGAUGCGGAAUGUAACGUGAAUCGUCAAAGUUAUAAUGGAACAUACAAAGUUGUGGAUGGUCUUCCUUUUAAUCCAAUGGGACGAACUGGAUUAACAGGACGAGGUUUACUUGGGCGGUUUGGCCCGAAUCAUGCUGCGGAUCCUAUAGUAACCAGGUGGAAAAUGACAAGUUCCGGUGCCCUAAUUGAACAUGGAAAAAAAGUUCUGGAAUUCGUGGCGAUUCAACGAAAAGAUAAUCAAGAAUGGGCGAUACCAGGGGGAAUGGUUGAACCAGGCCAACAGAUAUCUGCGACAUUAAAAAAAGAAUUCAUGGAAGAAGCUUUAGCAGGUUUAGAUAUGGACGAUGAAGAACGCAAGGAAUUAAAACGACAAGUUGAUAUUCUAUUCCAGGGGGGGACUGAGGUUUUCAAAGGUUAUGUUGACGAUCCGAGAAAUACUGACGUAGCUUGGAUCGAAACAACAGCUAUGAACUAUCACGAUGAUAGUGGAGAAGUAUUCAAUAAAAUAAAAUUACAGGCUGGUGAUGAUGCUACCGCUGUACGAUGGCAAAGAGUCAGUGGAAACAUCCCACUCUAUGCCAAUCAUGUUGCAAUGUUAGAGAAUGUUGCACGUCUUCACAACGCAAACUUUUAGCUCCGUUAUUUAUAUUUCAGUGGCAAUGAAAAUCUGUUUAAAAGACCUAUUAUUUAUUAUGAGCUCCUAGAGUGUUUAUUUGCAAUAUCCCGGGCACUUUUUUAUAGAGAAGGAACUUACAUUUUGGCGUUGGAUCAGAUUAUUAUUACUGUUUAACAGUCCUGUUUAAUGCAAAUUCAUUAUCUGCAAUGGUAAAACAACCGAUUUCUAUCUUGAAAUCUGAUUGAACUGUAAUCUGCCUGACCCUCAACAACUCCUAAGAUGCUAAGAUUAACCCGGGGUUUUCUCACAAACAUGCAAUCCCGUAAUCGAUUUUUGUACAGUGUAAAAUGAUCUAUUUAUGUCAAAAUAAUUUUUGUGUAAAAUUAUCUAUUUAAAAUUAUCUAAUAAGUACUUAUUUGCGUUGGCUGGUAUUUUCAACGCGGAACUAUUAUUGGUUAUCAAUAUAUACAACCAAACGGAAAGUCUGUGCGUGAUGUGCUAUAUAGAACAGUUGCAUCACAGUUACAUGUUAUUAGAUCAGUAGACUACCUC